AUGGCGGCCUCGGCUCCGGCGCGAAGCCCAGGCGGAAGGCGCGCCCUCGCGCGAGGCCGGGCAGGAAGCGCAGCCUACAACUCCCGGCAUGCCGCGGGCGCCGGCGGGGGGCGGGGCUCCCGGCGCGGCCAGAGGCGCCCCGCCCCGCCGCGCCGGGCGCGCUCACGCCUCCACCGGGAGCUGGCCGGGGCGAGCCGGACGGUCAUCGCCGGCCACGAGACGCGGGUGGCGGAGGCGCUGUGCUGGGCGGCGGGCGAGCGGCUCUUCGGCGCGGGCCUCGGCGGGGACAUCUUCGAGUACGACCUGGCGAAGCUGCGCGUCAAGGGCUCGCUGGACGCCUCCGGGGGGCCCAUCUGGAGCAUGGCGGCCGACCCGCCCGGGGCGCAGCUGGCGGUCGGCUGUGAGGAUGGCUCCAUUAAGCUUUUCCACAUCUUACCUGACAGAAUCCAGUUUGGGAGGCAACUGGACCGGCAGAAAGAACGGAUCGUGUCCCUCUCGUGGCACCCUUCUGGGAGCAAGAUCGCAGCUGGAUCCAUUGACGUCAUCCACAUCUUCGAUGUCAAAUCGGGGCGUGCCGUCCAGCGGAUUCUAGUGGAGCGCCGCCUGCACGGGGCCCACACCCAGAAGUGCGUGGUGUGGGGCCUGGCCUUCCUGUCGGACGGCACCGUGGUCAGCGCGGACUCUGCCGGGAAGGUGCAGUUCUGGGACGCGGAGAUGGGGACGCUGCUGUCGAAGCACCCGGUCAGCAAGUCUGGUGCGCUUUGUGUGGCCGUGUCUGAGGCGGAAGACAGCCUCGUGGUGGGCACGUCCGAGGGGGCGGUGCACCAGUUCCAGCGGCUGCCAGUGAAGCUGGGCAGCACCGAGCGCCAGUGGAUGCGGACGAGGCCGUUUCAGCACCACACCCACGACGUGCGGGCGGUGGCACACACGGCGACGGCGUUCAUCUCCGGAGGGCUGGACGGGCAGCUCGUGAUCCGGCCGCUGAUGGAGAAGGUGGAGUCCAAGAACUACGAGGCUGCGCUGCGCAGAGUCGCCUUCCCUCACAGGCGGCUCGUCUCCUGCGCCAGGAAGGCCCGCCUGCUGCUGUUCCAGUACCCGCGGCACCUGGAGCUCUGGAGGCUCGGGGCCACGAGCGCCAAAGGGGCGGCUGGUGAGGUCCUCCCGGUGUCCUGCCCCCCGAAGCACCUGCUCCAGCUCAAGGCCAAGGGCCCCGAGCACAUCAGCAGCAGCUGCGUGUCUCCCUGUGGCAGCUGGGUCGCCUACUCCACGGCCUCCAGGCUCUACCUACACCGGGUCCAGCUUGAGGGUGACCACGUGGCCAUCAAGAAGGUGCCAAAGGUCCCGGCGCUGGCCGGCGCAGCCCACGGCCUCCUUUUCUCCACAAACGCUGCCAGGCUCUUCGUGGCGUCAGACCAGGGCUGUGUCCACGUCCUGAAGCUCUUGCCACCUGGGGCCUGCAAGUACCUGCACACCCUCCGCCCAAACGCAGAGACGACGGAAGCGGCCCGCCUGCUGGCCGUGAGCGCUGACGGGAAGUGGCUGGCCGCGGCUGGCGGGGACCAUGCCGUCCACGUCUACAGCCUGGAAGGGGCCCAGCUGCACUGCACGGUCCCGGCCUAUCCCUGCCCCGUGACCGCCCUGGCCAUCCACCCGCUGACCAGGAACCUCGUCAUCGCCCACUCGGACCAGCAGGUCUUCGAGUUCAGCAUUGCGGACAAGGAGUACACGGCCUGGAGCCGGAAGGUGCAGCGGCUGGGGCUGCACAAGGACUGGCUGGAGCGGGACACCCCCAUCACCCACAUCGCCUUCCCCCCCGGCCAGGCCUCGCACGUCCUCCUGCAGGACACGCACAUGUUCUGCAUCCUGGACAAGUCCCUGCCCUUGCCGGAGGACGGGGCCUCCCUGCACAACCAGCUCUCCCUGGCGCAGCUCUCCAAGGCGGCCCGACGAGGCCACAGCCACGCCUUCAAGAUCUGCAAGAAGUACCAGCCCCUGCUCUUUGUGGACCUCUUGGAUGAGAAUUCCCUGGUGGUGGUCGAGCGGCCUGUGGCAGACAUCAAAGCCCAGCUGCCCCCGCCCGUCUACCAGAAGAAAUUCGGCACAUAA